AUGCACAAUAUUCUCUGUAAGUUUAUCUUGGUGAUAACAGUGUUAUGGAGAGAAGCCGUGAUUCAGGCACGUAAAGGUGUGAAAUGUGGUGGCGUCCUCUCUUCUUCAGCUGGUAAUGUCUCCAGCCCAAACUUCCCAGGGCAGUACCCACCACACACGGAGUGCUCUUGGCUCAUUGUGGUCUCUGAAGGAUCCACCGUCCAGCUCACGUUCCACUUCUUCAGCCUUGAACUUCAUGACUCUUGUGAAUUCGACUAUGUCAAGAUUUACAACGGGGCAUCUAGGGAUGAGGGAAAUCUCCUGGGCCAAUUCUGUGGCACCACUUUACCUCCACAGAUCACAUCUUCCUGGCAUGUUCUGUCUGUCCUUUUUCAUUCAGACAGACAUGUGGGCAGCACAGGAUUUUACGCCACAUAUAAGAAAGAUAUCUGUGGAGGGGUCCUUACAAGCCUUUCUGGGGCAAUUACAAGUCCUGAUUAUCCUGACAAUUACCCAAACAAUGCGGAAUGUCACUGGCUAAUCCGAGCAGCUCCGCACUCCAGGAUUCGUCUCAUCUUCACGGACUUCCGGAUGGAAGAUAAUGAGGAGUGUAACUUUGAUUAUGUUGCCAUCUUUGAUGGUCCAGGUCUAGAGGACCACCAAACCAACCAUUACUGUGGGACCACAAAGCCCCCGGACACCACUUCGUCUUCCAAUGAGCUGCUGGUGGUAUUCAAAUCAGAUUUCAACAUUGGAGCACAAGGCUUCAAGGCAUAUUUCUCAUCUGGGGAAUGCCAAGAAGUAUUCACAGCUGUGAAGGGUAAUAUAACCAGUCCACGUUAUCCAGACCUGUAUCCCAACAACAUUCAUUGUCAUUGGAACAUUCAGUUGCCACCAGGGUUCCGCAUCAAAAUCUUCUUCCAUGAGAUGGAUCUGGAAGAGAGAAGCAGCCUGACCGAUAAGUGCGACUAUGACCACCUGUCUGUGUACGACGGGGAUAGCGAGGGCAACAGACUGCUGGGAAGGUGGUGUGGCCAUGACACCCCAACACCCCUUAUAUCAAGCAAGAAUAAACUUCUCCUAGUACUCACAACAGACAGGGACACUGCCAGCAAGGGUUUCUCUGUAUCCUACAUUGGGGUUGUCCCAAUAAAUGUGACCUGCACCCGUACAGAUUUCCAUAUCCUCGUUCCAAGCCAAUCUGUGCCUCAGCUCGAGAGGAGUCACAUCUACCUGGGGAACCCAAGCUGUGCCGCUCAGACAUCAGGCAAUAAUUACAAAAUCCACGCUAGAUUUGAUACAUGCGGAACACAGCCUCAGAAGCGGAAUAACACCUCUGUGAUUGUGAGUGUCCUCUAUGUGGACUUCUCCAUGGGUGCCAAUGAGGAUGUCCAUGAGUACGAGGUGCAGUGCGAACCAAAAGGGAAGGAAGCCUCCGUGCAUCUCCUGUACAGAUCGGAUCCAUCCCGACUUAAAGGAUUGCAGGAAGACCCCGCGGACCCUCAGCUUCCAGAAGCAGAAUCUUCGGAGAGUAGCGACCGCGUGCAGGACAGCAGCGACGUGGUGUUCAUCAGUAUAUGCAUCUUAGCUGGAGUUCUCAUGCUCAUAGCAGUGGUGGGACUUGUGUUACUUUGACAAAAGACCUCUUGAUUGCAGGUUGCUAAUAAAGUGGUAACCGAUACUACUGCAUUUAUAAUAACUGAUGACAUGGUUAACCAAUUGGGAAGAAACUCAUCGUUCAUUUAAUUAAUGCAAAUUAAACUACAAAUAGUUAACACAUGCUUUAGAAAAAUAUAAAGGCUAAUUUGCAGAUUUUAUUUUUUUUACGUAUUUAUGAGGGACUGCAUCUUGUUAUCUUCUAACAACACGUAUUGCACUUUAUUCUGUAAAUUGAUCCCUUGUGAGAAAAAGAAUAUGCAGUCAUUUUGUAUGGAGGGGUACG